CGUGAGGCGCGCAGCUGAUGUGGCUUGCUUGUGUCGCCUUGCUUUUCUUAAUUCAGUUGUUGCUAAGCCCUCGCAGAGAAGGAAAUAUAUGAGUCAAGUACGUUAAGUUAAUUAACGUCUGUACUUGUAAUUUAAUUAAGCGAAAUUAGACUCAUGUUUAAACUGUGCGUGCUUAUCGUGUCGCUGCUCUUGGCACUGCAGCUUGGAGCAGCACUUGAAUUUCACGACUGCGGCUCAAAAACUGGAAAAUUCACGCAAAUCACGAUCGAAGGCUGUGAUACAACAAAAACGGAGUGUGUUCUCCAAAGAAAUACGAAUGUCUCAAUAUCGAUAGAUUUCGCUCUGGCCGAAGUGGCCUCAGUCGUCAAGACGGUGGUACAUGGCAAGGUGUUGGGCAUCGAGAUGCCCUUUCCCCUGAGCAAUCCCGAUGCGUGCGUCAACAGCGGCUUGAAAUGUCCGUUGGAAAAGAAUGAGACGUAUCGAUAUACGGCCAGGCUACCCGUGCUGAAGAGCUAUCCAAAAGUCUCGGUGCUCGUCAAAUGGGAACUGCAGGACCAGAACAGUGUGGAUAUUGUCUGUGUUGAAAUACCCGCCAAGAUACAAUAAGCGAUGAUUGUUGGAACGUUCUCUUGAAACUGUUAAAUUUGCAUGAAUCUACUCUUAUUGUAAUCUAAUUUAAAAUAAAGAGAAAAAAAUUAACUUA